CUUGUUACUUAUCGGCUGACAUGCACACCGAUACAGAUAUACAGUAGCUGCAAUAAGUUUAUAUCAGCCGAUGUAUAAGCCCAGCUGAUUUAUCAGUCUAGCUCUAGUUCGAAGUUAAAGGAAACUUGCUAUAAAUGCUUCUCCUGUGGCACACAUCCACUGUCACACAAACUAUGGGAAGGACUCCCUGCAAAGCAGUAUUGAUGAUGAGUGGAUUAUUCUGGUGAAAUAAAGUAAAUCUAAACCUGCUUUUUUUCUUUAUGCUGUCUUUUCGUCAUUAUUAUUUGAAAAACAACUCAAUCAAGAACAGUUAAACACCUAAGGAUUGUAAAAUUAUAGACUUCGUCCUGGUUAAACUGAUAGCAGUAAAUGUUUGACACAGGCUCAACUACAAAGAGUAAAAAAUAAAACUACACUGACGGAACGGCCUGAGGGUCAAUUGUGUGUGCGGAAGUGCGACUGAAAUAAGGCAAAAGAAGAAACAUAGGCUGGAACAGUUCCCGAUGUGAUAAAACGGUCAGUUUAUACUAUGCAGUUAAUAACACAUGCGGUCGGACUCAUAAUUAAGUCUGUAAAUACACAAGUUGUCCCAUGUUAGGUAAACGAAAGUUAAUACUUUCAAGUGCAUCAGAAUGCCAAGGGCUGCGACAGACAUGGACGUUAUAAGAGAAAGUUUCGGUCGCUCAUAUUCGUCAGAGGAUAUGGAACAUGCAGAAUCUCAUUCCUGGAGACCCGGAGUGACAGUUAUUUCAAGAGAGGGACCCGGUGGGAGUGCGAGACGCCCGUUCACCAACCAGAACGGACCCAAACCGUGGUCCGUCGUCGUGCUGUCCGUAAUGGGCUCCGCCGUAGCUGUGGCCGCCGUUGGUUGUUUCUGCGCCCUCAUCUACCCGAUACUCAAAGAGCUACGGGCAGAGAGAGUGAGAGGAGAGGAUGGGACUGAAGAGAGGAUGUUGGGUUUCUGGAGUAUCCUGGUGCUGUCAGUAUUAGUAGGAUGUAUCUGCUGUGUCUUCUCAUGGACUCUCACCUACCUUGACUCAUACCAGCCUGGCAUGGUUUUCCCAACACCUCUGACACUGGCCCACUUCAGAGAUGUAUCUGGCCAUGGUUUCCACAUGAGUUAUGGUGUUGCUGUCCUUAAUGGCAUCAUGGCCAUACUCACCGUCAUCUGGAGCCUCACCUGACACACAUACGCACACCCUCAGUAGAAAUGCUCAGACGCACAGGUAUCUGAUACUGGGCCUAUAACAGCGUAAAGGCAUCUGAAAAGUUCUCCACAAUUAAAUUAAAAUAAAAGUUUGUAAUGAAAGUUUAGUCAUUAUGUUAUGUUUACAGGCCCACCAGACACCCAGUUGAGUUGAUUCAUGUCAUCUUUUUUACCUGUUUAACAGUUGUGAAAAGGGACUCUGGCUGUGUAUAAUUCAAAUGUCUCGUAAUAGUUUCUGCAGUACACGCCAGGUGUUUUGUAUCCAAACAUUUACACUGUAUGCAAAAGGACAAAAUUGGCCCAUUACCAUACCUCUUGCACCCUGUUCACAUUUCAGCCAUGUUUUUCAGUUGUCUGUCUUGUGCAAGUCAAGACUUUUUUCUUCAGUUUUACGCACAUAACUACAGUGAUUUUGUAUUGUGCUGUUAGUGCUGCCAAAAUGGGUCUGACCACCGCUUUGAAGCGCUUUGAGUAGUCAGAAAGACUAGAAAGGCGCUAUAUAAGUACAGUCCAUUUACCAUUUACCACACAGCACACUGCUGCUGAUCCUGAUCCUGUGAUUGGACAAACACUUGUCACAUUAUUUAUAUACACAGUAUUUACAUGUUUUGUUCUGUGAUGAGGGACUGUCCAAUAUAUCUACAUACAUGCCAGAUUAAAGCCUUUGUACUGACUUUUUAACAACACAGAAAUAAAGAAUGGCAGUUCA